AUGUUCUUCCUCUACAAUCUCGAGCGUCGGGUCACCCUGCACCCUUCGUACUUCGGCAAGAACAUGCACGAGCUGGUUACUGGAAAGCUGUUGAAGGACGUAGAGGGCACAUGCACUGGAAGCUACUAUAUCAUCUCCAUCAUGGAUACCUUCGACAUCUCCGAGGGUCGCAUUCUUCCUGGUAGCGGCCUUGCCGAGUUUACCGUGGGCUAUCGCGCUGUUGUAUGGAGACCUUUCAAGGGUGAAACGACCGAUGCUGUAGUCGUCUCUGUCAACCAGCACGGGUUCUUUGCCGAGGCUGGCCCCCUUCGCAUCUUCGUCUCCACUCAUUUGAUCCCCCAGGAGGUCAAGUGGGAUCCAAACGCGACACCGCCACAGUUUACCAACAAUGAAGACACCACCAUCGAGGUUGGCACACAUGUUCGCAUCAAGAUCCUUGGCACGCGAGCCGAGGUUGGCGAGCUGUGGGCUAUCGGCAGCAUCAAGGAAGACUACCUCGGAACGUUGCAGUCCUAA